GAAAAAUUUAAUGUUCAAACCUGUCUGAAAUGAGAAUUUGAGUAUUAAAGAAGUCAAGCUACAAUGAAUAAAAGAUCAAGUAAUUAUUAGGAAGGUAAGGUUCAAGAUGUGUGAAUGCAUUCCUCAAGAUUACCGUCGACCAGCUAUUUGGGUUGCUUCAAUGCGGGGUAAUGUUCCACCCCAUGCCGUAUGUGGAGGAGAAGCAUUUGGCAACAUUCUUUAUGUAUGCCGAGUCAAUCAUUUCGGAGAAACUAUCAUUGGUAAACUUCUACCUUGUAAUGGCUGCUGUUAUAUAGGAUGGAAGGGAAAUGAAUAUGCUUAUUAUGAAUAUGAAGUAUUAUGUAAUCCAGAUAAUAUAGAACUCUCUUGGCAAUGGUACAAAGGCGGAGAAAUGCCUCACGGAGUCCUGCAAGGUGGAUGUUCUCGUGAAGGAGAAUGCCUGUAUAUUGGAAGAAGAUGGCAAGAAGGAACUGUUGGUAUAGGUACAGUUGUACCCAGCCGUAAAUGCCUCUUUGCAUCUUUCUUUGGAAAGGUAUACUCGUACUGUGAGUUCGAAAUUCUGGUUUGUGAAUCCAUUAUCUUUUAAAAGAAAAGAAUCUUUUACGUAACUGGUUACACAUUUUAAAUGCUUUGUUUUUUAAAUUACACAUUAAAAUUUUACUUAUUGGCUAGAAGAGAAGUUACAGAACAGAAUCUUAGAAUGCCUGAUUUAUUGACAGCAUGACUAUAAAAUUCCACGAAUGGCCAUAAUUUUAUAAAGUAAUAACUAUAAAAUGUGAUUCAUGUGUGAAGCACUACUGAAUUUUGUUCAUCUACUUUGAAUAAGGUAGUUUAUGUACACAAAUCACGGGACAACUCUUUUUUGGACUGAUUAAAAAAGACUACAACUAAAAGUUUUUCAAAAUUUAAUCUGCAAAAUAAUAAGAAAUUCAUUUGCAUAUUGCU